AUGAUGCCCCUGACGCCGCCACACCAGCUCGAGGCCAAGAUGGACAUGACCAUCUCGCCGGCCGCGCGCUGGCCAGGCGGGAAUGGCUUCGUCGCGUUCCGGCUCGGGAGCACAAAGAAACAGUGCACGUUUCCCGACUGCACUCGCCGCGCCCACGCUCGGCGCAUCCACGCACGGUCGGGCGGCCUUUGUUGCCGCCACGGACGCGGCCGUCUCUCGCCACCCUCCAAGUGCAGUGUGGCGUGGGGUACCCCCGAGGUUGGGACAUUUGAGAUUGCGAUGACGGAGCUCGACACUGCCAUCCUCAACAGCCUCGUGCAAGACGACGACGAUACCGACGACGAAUUCUCGCUCCUCGACCCGACGUGGCUCUUUACAGAAACGAUCAAUAUGGAGCUG